UGCACUACAGAUGUUCGAUCAAUUGCCCUGAUUCAAUAAUUUGUUUAUCUGAUCGAAUUGCUUGAACCAUGGGCUCAUCGUAUGCCUGACACUAGAAUUAUUGACUUCCCCCAAUUUUCUAUUUAAGAAAAGAAUAUCACCUGAAAAUUGAUAUAUUUGUUAGCAGCAUUUCAUAUGAUGGCAAGAGGUUUGUUUCAUUAGAUGAGGGUUGUGUUGUGUGCAGAUAACAGUAAUUUAACCAAUUAUUCUAGUUUCUGCCAUUUGUUCUUGCCUUUGUUAAUCAUAGAUCAGUCAAUACUAUACUAUUCAGAGUUUUAGGAUUUCUGACCUUCAAAGGAAGAGUACUGCUCGAAUUGUAACUGGUAGAGAUAGGUAUGGCUGAGAGACAGUCUUUGGAUCAGCAGCAUCCUCUUUCUCCGCAGCUGCAAUCUCCCUCUCCACCGCGGGAGGACAUGAUUGCUUGUGUGAUGGCUCUAGAGGCUGCUUUGCUUCCGUGCUUGCCUGCGAGAGAGCUCCAAGCAAUAGACCGUUCUCCCCACCCCUCUCAUCAGAUUGAUGUAGAGAGGCAUGCUAGAGACUUUAUGGAGGCUGCGAAAAGGCUUCAACUCUAUUUUAUUGGCCUGCAACGUGAAGAUCAACCUACAAGGGCCGAAACCCUACAAAAGGAGAUUGCUAUGAUGGAAGAAGAGUUGAAGAUCAAGUCCGAGCUUAUUGAGAAACAAGAAAGGCUGGUCCAAGGGUGGAGAAAGGAGUUGAAAGACCAGCUAGACAAACACAAUACUGAGUUAGAGAGGGUUUGAUUAGUGUGAGAGUUUUUCUGUACCAAUUUAAUAACAUCAUUUUAUUUGAGACUUCCCUCUUGGUGGACCUAUGCGAGGCCAUUCGCUACCAAUCUAAAAUGGCUUUAUAUUAACUCCUACAUAUGUCAAUAACUAUUGCUUGAAUAUUUUGGGAAAGAACAAAAUCAUUUUUUCAUUUUGCUUA